AUGAGUUUCUCUAAUCCAUUGAUUAUUGAUUUCGAUUUUAAUGGUAUAUUUCCUACAUCUAUUGAAAACUUUAAUGUGAUUGAAGAUAAAAUUGGGAGAAAUUAUGAAACAGAUACUUUUUUUACGGCAUGCAUUAAGAUUAAUAGUGAAUUUAAUAUAUGGGGAGAUAGUUUUCAUAGUAUUUGUGUUGUUCUUAGUAACUACUUAGAUAGUAUAAAAGAAAAAGAAACAAGGGAUAUAAAACCAUAUUGUAAGUAUUUUAACUACGUGCUAAAAAGUGAAUUAAAAAAUUAUAAAACUUCAUGUAAUGGAGAAAAAUUGUGUUACCAAAAAAUGAUGGAAAUAUAUAAACAUUAUAAAAAAGUUGAUAUGGAUAAAUGUAAAGAUGAUAUAAUUGAUCUUACAGAUGAUAUAUUUACAAUAUUGAAUUAUCUGAAUUCAUUGUAUAAUUAUCUUAAAAAAUUAAAAAAUAACAGUAGUAUAUGUAAUUUCGGCAGUAGCUGUUUUAAUAAUUAUAAGGAUUUUUUACAUAAAUGUAAGAGUAUACAAAAUAAUAGUCUACAAGAAUUGCAAAAAAUUGUUGAAAAAGAAUAUAAACCUUAUAUCCAUAUGAACCAUGAUGUCUUGGAUGCAUCAAAACACAUGCAUUCUUCCCCAUAUGCCUCAGAACACGCACAUUCCUUCUAUAGUAUAAGUGCUCGAAAGUAUACUCCAAGUCGUUUAUAUUUACAACAAAGGAUAAGGAAGUUAAAGGAACUUUGGAACAAAAAAAGAAAAAAGAAAUUCACAUUAAUAAGCUCAUUUGAUUGUAAAUACGAAGAAUAUAUAGAUAAAGGUCUGGAUAUAUCAUAUAACGUAUUAGAAUAG